AUGCCGUGUUCGGCCCUCGAAAGCGGCCAAGUCUCGAGCCAGCUCACCUUGAAGCACGGCGAGAUCGUCUUGUUUCUCGCCGCGACCGUCCACGACGGCAAGACGUGUGGCCGCUCAUUGUCCCGCUCUCGACCGAGCGCCGGCUCCAAGAUGGACGUGUGCGUCGGCUUGAUCUUCUUGAGCUCCCAAGCGGCCAUUGAGGUUCCGCUUGUGCUUCUCGUGGAAGACAGCGCGCUCGUCGCGCCGGACAUUCUCCAUGUUCGCGCGCGUCCAUUUCUCGAGCGUUACGAUAUUUAGCUCACGGACGAAAGGAAGAAAGAAAAAAAAGAGGGAAG